AUGGGCUGCGGGGGCAGCCGCGCCGACGCUAUCGAGCCCCGCUACUACGAAAGCUGGACGCGGGAGACCGAGUCCACCUGGCUGACCAACACGGACUCCGAGAGCCCGCCGCAGGAGGGCGGCAGCGCCGAGGGCCCCGGCCGGGAGCAGGGCGGCCCGCGCCCCGGUCUUCUGGAGGAUGGGAAAUUGGCUCACACAGGUGUAUCUGCAGCAGCAGCCACAGCUGGAACGCUGAACACUGAGAAGAGGAACAACUGUGGCUCUCAGUGUGCAAACCCUGUAGUCCAUGGCACGGGAACUACAACACAGAGACAGAAUGGCUUCAGGACCACAGAGAGUAAAUGGGACACACAGAAAAUGUCCACACAAGAAGUCGCCAUCAAUGUUACAAAAGGCAUCAGACAAAGUGACAGAAGAAAAACAAAGAAUUGUGCCAAUUAAUGAAGAAAAUUGCAGGUGAGGAUGGACUUAACAAAGCUUCACUGCACUUUAAAUGUCAGUCACUGAAGACAUGAAGACCUCUAGGUGUUCCAGGUUGAAUACAGUGGGCAGCUGCUACUGAGUGCCUCCAGAAGCAGGUCUUGUGGAAACCAGCUGCAAGCACUGUAGGAUCUUCAGACAUCAUUUGUCUAAAGCAGUGGCACUACACAGACAUACACAGAAAUUCAUGACUUUUGCUUUUUACUAACUUCUAUGUUAUCUCUUUUGAAUGUCCUGUUUCACAUUGAUGUUAAGAUGAAGCUGGAUAAUAAGGGGUACAGCUCAUCCCAAUUAAAACCAAGAAAUUAACAAAUGAAUCUGCAUUUUUAGUCAUAAAGGGGUUUUGAGUGUGCACAUUCAAACCCACAGUGUUAAUUUAAAGCACUCACAUGUUUUAAAAUGCAAACCCAGACAUCUCAAGAAAGUGAGACUAAAGUCUAGUGUUCCAUUAAAUCUCUUUCCAGCUAUAUAUAUUGGUUAUAUAUAGUUAAGUCACACAGUAACAUUUUUAUAUAUUAAAUUUUCAAUUACUUUGUUUUAAUUUAUCAUUCAUAUUGACAUAAUUUUGGUCUUAGAACAAUAACUUUCUUAUUGAUCAGCCUUAUUUGAAGAUCCUAGUCUUAAUUGGUAAGUAGAGUUACGGCUCCUUGGUUGUUUUAUAAAUGCCCCAUUGAUUAUGCUGAAGCCCAGUCUGACCUGGAAAAAAGUUAACAUUAACAUUACAUGAAAAUAACCACAAUUUUAAAAGUCAUAUUCUAAUGUCGGUUUAAAAAAUUAACUUUCUUUGAUAAGAUAUAAUUAAUUCACUGUACAGAAUUUAUUUAAUACAUUUUGAGCAUCCUGUACCACAGUACUCCAUGUUUAUCAUAAAUAUAUUUCUAAAAAGAAUAUAAAUGUUCAGUAUAGUAAAAUCUAGGAAUUAAUUUAAUAUAUUACUUCUUAAUAUGGAAGUACUAAUAUAUAUUCUCUGUGAGUUUGCAUGUUUAUUAAGAUAAAAGAGGUAAAAUUAUUUGCCUCCCCUAUCAGACAUAUAUAUACAGAUGUAUAUUAGUAUCCUUAAAUAGCAAUUUAAAAUGACUCAAAACAGACAAACAAGUAUGGGUAGGAUUGUGAACUGAACCCUAGUUUAUUUUGUUUUAGGAUUAUUUUAAUAGCUUGCUGCUUAGGUGUGCGAAUUACUUUCCUUCUUGUACAAGUCUAUGUAAUAGGAAUUGUUUUCUAAUUACUCCAACAAAAAGGCAAAAGGGAAUCCAGAGUUAGAGCCAGGAUUUUGCAUACCAUAGCAUAUUCUAAAAGGAUUUACUGGCAGAGAGAGUGCAGUAUAAACUUGUAUGAUACAAGAAAGCUACAGAAAGUGAAUAAUGAUCCUGAUGUGUUUAAGGGUAAACAGAAUUUUGAAGGAAGACAAAAGAGAAGGUUUGUUGUGUAAAAAGCUGUUCCAGAGAUUGUGGCCUUGGGUGGAUACCACAUCAGAGUGAAUAGAUGCAAGAACAAAGGAGUCCUGGCAGUGAGAUUAUUUAUUAGCUAAGAAAUUAUUUAGUGAUGAUGUGCUGACCUGUUGUGUCAGAUGGCUUGGUCACACCACAGAAGGAAGCCCAGGAGCUGCGUGGCACAUGAAGCAGCCCUGGCUCGUGCCAGAAACCAUCAGGGAGGCAGCUCUUAAAUCUUGUAUUCCAAGCAUGAGAUGUGAGAGGAUGGUUUGCAGGAGAGGGCCUUGGGGUACAAUUACCUGGGCAGCAGCACAGACCAUCCUCAUGCUGACCACAUCCCCCAUCAGGGUGGCAGCUGCAGAGUGAUGGAUGCUGCCUGCCCUGGACUGCUCAUGGUAACUUUCCAGAGCUACUCCAAGAUCCCCUGAACCUGUUUAUAUCCUGAAAGUUAACUUUAUGACAUUCAAAGAUUGGAUCCAACUUCUGUGGUAAAAGCCAUGUUUAGUAACAAGCAAUUUUAUACACGCUCCUCGUGUAAUACAUUACUGUUCUUAUUCAUUAGGCAGUAACUGAAAAGAAAUUACAUUAUGUCCUAGGUGGCCUCUUAGUGUUUGAUGUGCAAACUUCCAAUGACCCUUAUAAAACUAAGAACAUGUUGUAGAGAUGUGGAUCUUGUCCCUGUACACAGAUUGGGAUAUACUUGUGUUUACUUUCCUUCUACUAGAUAACCACCAGUAGAAACAACCAAUUUGUUUAUAAAAUAAUAUACCACUCUGUAUAAUUAGGGUGACAGAAUCUAGCCUAGGUCACUUUAGACAAUUCAAAGUCCUCAUAAUGGAUUCCCAUGCUGGUUUCCAUGGAAGAAGCAAGCCCAAAGACUCAUCUAGACAUUUUUACUCCAGGUGGCCUUCUUAGAAAUGAGGAGUCUUAUUUAUAGGGUCUGUUCUUUGAGCAUCAUCUUUCAAAUAUAAAUGGCUCAAAGACAUCAGAUAAAAUAGCCAUGUGUAGUGGUUUCACACUCCCCAAUUUCUGUUUCCCAAAAUGGGAAAGACAUGGACUUUCAGAUAAAGGACCUGUGGGCAUCUCUGUCCUAUAUGCCAGGAUUUUUGAAAUGUAAUUUUCCCCAAAAAGACAUUACUACAUCAUUUGUUUGAUGUCCCCUGGCUGCACGGGAAGCUUUCUACAGGUGCACUGAAACAACACACUUUCUGCUGGAAUGAUUUGCCAACAGAUGGUGAGUUCUUAUGAUUUAUCUAAGCUCAGGUUUUAAACAGAAAGGAAAUUUGUCAUGUUUCCACAAUUCCAGCACAAUAUAUACACAGGAUUUUCCUAUAUAUCUUGAUAUAUCUUCUUCCUCUAUGUGAAAAAUGGAAUCAUUCAAAAGAAGGAGGAUAUUGUCUAAAGAAGGGAGAUUUACAGUUACCAAUUCAUCAUGUGGCAAAUUAAUCUUCUCAAAGACUCAGCGCUGCUUUAUCUUGCACUAUUCCUUCAUCUUCUCCCAUAUGGCUCCUUAAUGUGUUUCAUAAUUUCAGCAUCACUGUAGAACAUUGACUGGAAGACACACAAUUUUACUGUGUGACCGGAAUGAUUUUGCACCGACAUAAACAGGAAACUGUAAUUAUUGUGUAAGCAAUAUAUGAUUACUGCAUUAAACAUGCAUUCUUGUUAGUUAAAUUACUGAGAUUUCAUAAAAACCAGGUCAUAGGUAUUUUUGAUCUUCCUAGUAUGUUCAUAUACAUAGAUAUUUAUUUGUGCAUGUCUCUGCAUGUUUAUAUUGUAAUGUCUUUAGUGUGUACUUCUGCAGUUCAGGCACAUUUUUUUUUGAGAAAGUUUAAUUUCUGUUUGUAAUUCUGAUUCCCAAGUGUAAAAUAUUUUAAUGUUUGAACUGAAAUCUGUUUUACAUGCCUUACAAAAAGAAAGAGCUAUAUAAUUUGCGCACAGAAAUGGUAUUUGAAAAAGCAGGAUUAGUUUUAUUUACAAAUACAUCUAAAUUCAAACUAGACUAAUGGGAACAUUUGUGUACGCAAAUUGAUGAGGAUUGACCUUAAAUUUGAAAAUGAAAAUAAAUAAUUUUUUUUAAGUGUCUGUUUAUUACUCCAUGUAUUUCACAUUCCUGUGUUUGUGGUUGGGUUAGCUUUUAAAGCUGAGAUCAAAGAGUGCAAACGUAUAAUGAAUGGUUCCCACAUCUGCUAUGCAUGGAAUCAGAAUAUUUCUGUUUCUGAUGUCCUCCAGUUAUGGCUCAUGGAUUGUUUGGUCAUAUGAAAGAAAGUACAAUGCAUAGAUUCCCAUAAGAAAUCGGUGUAUUUGCCAAAGAGGGAUUCUGAGGUCAAAAUACAGUUGUACCUCUGUAAUUAUGAAUGGGAGAGUUUGUGGUGGCUGUCACAGCUAAAGUGGAAGGCACUGGAAAUCUGAGACACUUUCUCUAGUAAGAUGCCAUGAGGCAACUAUGAGGCAACUAGAAUGCAUAGCUAAAAAAAAGCUGUUAUUCCUGUCUGAACUGGAGAGCACAGGAUGGAAAAGAAGAUGUAGUGUUGUUUGACCUCUUCCAUAGAAAUAAACUCAUAACUUUUACAGAUGACACUUCUUAUUUUUUCCAAAAUUGCAUGAAAUUUUCAUUAUAUUUUUCUUUAUUACCAGAAAGGCUCUUGCUGAAAUAUCAUCCCCAUCCUAAUUGUCUGUGCCCCGGGUGUUG